UCCUUGGCUCUGUCUUGUUCUCAUUGUUUCCUUGUCUUGUUUCCGUUCUGUAUCAUUCUCUCUCUCUUUUUUUCUUGCUCUUUUUUUCUUUUGUGCGUGUUUGUGUUGUCUGCACCUAUUUAGUCUCCAUCAGGAAGAAAUUCCUCAGACAUUCAUCCGCCUUUUUAAAUAGCCAUUCUUUCUGGACUCAUGAGAAAGCUUGAGGAACUGGUUAUGACAACUGGUGGUCACAUACGUAGCAAUGGCCAGCCUUCAGCUCCUCCAGAGCCCCUUGCUGCUCCCCCUGCUGCUCAGGCUUCAGUCAUGAAGACGGACAGGGAGCCCGACCUCAUGGAAGAGGAUUGCCCUGAGGAGAAUGGGGUCAUCCAGACGCAGUACAGUGCCAUCUCCCCCCCUUCUUCUCCCGUGGCGCAGGAUGAGCCCUUCUCCACCUACUUUGAGGAGAAGGUGCCCAUCCCUGAUGAUGCCACCCAGCUUUUCAGUUUUCGGAAGCUCUGGGCCUUCACCGGGCCUGGUUUCCUAAUGAGCAUCGCAUACCUGGAUCCAGGGAACAUCGAGUCCGACCUGCAGUCUGGAGCUAAAGCUGGUUUUAAGCUCCUGUGGAUACUUCUGGGAGCCACCAUUAUUGGGCUGUUGCUGCAGCGCUUGGCAGCUCGCCUUGGUGUUGUCACAGGAAUGCACCUCGCAGAAGUCUGCAACCGGCAGUACCCUACAGUCCCCCGUAUCAUCCUGUGGCUAAUGGUGGAGCUGGCCAUCAUCGGCUCCGACAUGCAGGAGGUCAUCGGCUGCGCCAUCGCUUUCAACCUGCUCUCUGUAGGCAGGAUACCUCUGUGGGGCGGUGUUCUCAUCACCAUCAUUGACACAUUUGUGUUCCUCUUUCUUGAUAAAUAUGGUUUAAGGAAACUAGAGGCCUUCUUUGGCUUCCUCAUCACUAUCAUGGCCGUCAGCUUUGGAUAUGAGUACGUGAUGGUGGCGCCUGACCAGGGCGAGGUGCUGAAGGGCAUGUUCGUCCCGUACUGCGCCGGCUGUGGGUCACCUCAGCUGUUGCAAGCCGUGGGCAUUGUGGGAGCCGUUAUAAUGCCUCAUAACAUCUACCUGCACUCUGCGCUCGUCAAGUCGAGGCAGGUGGAUCGUGGGAAUAAGAGGGAGGUGAAGGAAGCCAACAAGUACUUCUUCAUUGAGUCAGCCAUAGCCCUCUUUGUUUCUUUCCUCAUCAACGUUUUUGUUGUGGCUGUUUUCGCCGAGGCAUUCUACGACAAGACAAACAUUCAAGUGAACGAGAAAUGCAAUGAGACAGGCAGUCCUCACACCGACCUUUUCCCCCUCAACAACGAAACACUUGAGGUGGACAUCUACAAAGGGGGGGUGGUCCUGGGUUGUUUCUUUGGGCCAGCUGCUUUGUACAUAUGGGCCAUAGGGAUCCUCGCUGCUGGGCAGAGCUCCACCAUGACUGGGACCUACUCUGGCCAAUUCGUCAUGGAGGGUUUCCUCAACCUGCGCUGGUCCCGCUUUGCCCGGGUCCUGCUGACGCGCUCCAUCGCCAUCACCCCCACGCUGCUGGUUGCCAUCUUUCAGGAUGUGCACCGCUUGACGGGCAUGAACGACUUCCUCAACGUGCUGCAAAGCAUGCAGCUGCCGUUUGCGUUGAUCCCCAUCCUGACCUUCACAAGCCUUCACUCCAUCAUGAAUGACUUUGCCAAUGGCCUGUUUUGGAAGAUUGGCGGUGGUGUGGUCAUCUUGGUGGUGUGUGCCAUCAACGCGUACUUUGUGGUGGUGUACGUCACGGCACUCAACAGUGUAGCCCUCUACGUCCUCUCUGCCCUGCUGUCCAUUGCAUACCUGAGCUUCGUAGGCUACCUGGCGUGGCACUGUCUGAUCGCUCUGGGUGUUCCGUGUCCAGACCUCGGCAGCAGGAUGGGGUUAUCGGGACACACAGACCUCUACCUGCUGAAUGACAUGGACAGUGAUGGGCUGGUGGAAAGAUAGAAGGACCAGCAGGUAAAGCUAGUGGAGGUCAAGGAGCCAAAGGGAUAUGACUUAAUCUUUGAAGGUGGGCUGGAUGGUGGGACCACCUGAUCCUUACCCUAGACCAGUAUGCCAUGGCUUGUCCACAAAUGUGCCCAAAGUAUCCUAAGUGACCUUACAUAUUGAAGAACAAAGGAGUUUCUCCACAUAUGGGACAUUCCAGAAUGCCUGACAUUUUAGUUGUGACUGUCGGUUGAUUUUUUUGUUUUGUUCUGUUCUUUUGUUUGGUGCAUCCGACAAUGACUUGACAAUGGCAUUCCAAGACUACAAUAUGACUGAUUACAUCACAAUUUAUCAAAGGGAUAUUUCCAUCACGGACCCUUAAAAAUUAACAUUUCAUAUUUAAGAUCAGCUAAAAAGUCAUCCCUGUACCUUCUCAUUACCUUUUUGCUAGGUUGCACUAACAAACAAUUGUAUUAUCUCAGGAUUUCCAACAGCUCAACAUUCUCUAAACUCAACAGUUUAAAUCAGGUCAUGGAUUACAUUUUAUUUUGAAAACAGCCUCUAACACUUACAAACUUUAAACAUAAUGCAACAACUCCAGCGGGCUGUAUGUGCAGCUUAGAUGUUUACUCUUCAGAUUUACAGUUCUAUUCAGUGUUCAGAGUACCUGAAGACAAAUUUGUCAGUAACUGACAAAAGAGGAAUACACUGGUUAGAAUAUUCUGGUGAAAUUCUAGUCACUGUGUAGCUUUAUAGUGGGUUUGUGUCUUGUGCCUCAGAAUCUAUUUACCUUCUGUUUGAAAGCACCUUGGCACACUUAAUAUAAUUGGUCAGAUUUGAUAGAAACUGGAAUGUCGUAAAUUAUUUAUUUAGGACAUAAUAUUUAAGACAGUAUACCGGUAUUGAGGAUAGAAUGCAUUUUAUUCAUAUUUAAAUAUUAACUCAAUGUAAUAGUAUAAUUGCAGGUACUACAGAGGGGUGUAUUUGAAGGGAUGUGGGACAUUUCAAAAUAAUAUUUAUUCCAUAUUUGUCUAAGUUUGCUACUGGCCUCAAGCUAUUUUUUAUUAUUUCAGAUGAACUUUGACUUGAAGCAGAAACAUAGUGUGUUGAAGAAUGUUAAAAUGUCAUGAAAAAAAAAAACUUUAAAAUGUUAACAAAAGCAAAUUUUCUACUAAAUUAGAAUAAAUGCUGUUCAUAUUUCGUGAGACUGAUGCUUUGAACCAAAUCUGUGUGUAUCAGUAAUUUUGGGUAAUUCUAACACGUUAUCUGAUAUUACAAGCUAUUGCAGUAUGUUCAUUUGUCUGUCCUACAACUAGGGUUGCAAAGGGGCAGAAAAUAUCCGGUAAAUUUCCGGAAACUUUCCGGAAACUUACCAUGGGAAGUUAAGCUGGGGAAUUUUGGAAAUAUUCCAAAU